AUGGAAUCCAGUGAUUUUUCGGUGACUAUGAGGCGGAGUGAGGUGGUGACAGCCGUGCUGCCAGUGCAGGACCACUGGCUGCCGUUGUCCAACCUGGACUUGCUCCUGCCGCCCCUCGACUUCGGGAUUUUCUUUUGCUAUAAGAAAAUUGUCGGAAAAGAUGGUGACAAUAUUAACUCUUUGCCAGUAGUUGAGCUUAAGAAGGCCCUAUCUCAAGUGCUGGCGACAUUCUAUCCUCUCGCUGGUGAAAUCGUGCACAACAGCCAGGGAGAGCCGGAGAUCCUAUGCAACAACCGUGGCGUGGAUUUUGUUCAAGCUUAUGCUGAUGUCGAGCUUAAGGACAUAGAUCUUCACCGACCGGAAAAAUCUGUUCAUGGGAAACUUGUUCCCAUUAAGAUGCAUGGCGUGCUUUCUGUUCAGCUGGAUUUCGGGUGGGGCGGGCCGGAAUUCGGGUCGUACCAUUUCCCGUGGGGCGGGGAGACCGGGUACGUGAUGCCGAUGAGUAGCGCGAGGGGGAAUGGGGAUUGGGUGGUGUACAUGCACCUCAAGAGGCGGCACCUGGACCUGGUCGAGGCACGCGCGCCUCACGUGUUCAGGCCUUUCAGUACUGUUGAUUAUUUUGACUAA